CCCGGUGGAGCCCCGGUUGUCCCCGGUCGUCCACGGUUCAUCUCGGUGGAGCACCGGUUCAUCCCGGUGGAGCACCGGUUCAUCCCGGUAGGGCCCCGGUUCAUCCCGGUAGAUGCCUGAUCACGCACUGGGGCUCCGCCGGCAUCAUAGUGAGACUGGUCCUUAAUCGCAUUGUAACACGAUGUUAAUUUACCGGCCGUUAUGUACGCAGUAAACAAUAACCUGUGACAGAAACCCACUGCCACACCUUUACAACAAUAUAUUGAUUAGGCAAUUGCGGAUUUGUGCCAUUGGGGUCCUACGUUCCACACCUUACGGCUGUUACAGGAGUGGAUUUUACAGCCAAGAUAUGGACGCUGACAACGUAUCAGCCACAUCAACAAUAGGAGUGUCUACAUCGUGGCCGCCGGAAUUCUUACAGUGUAAGGAGAGGUUACAACACGAGCCGACAGUCGUCGAUUCGCACUGGUUCAUUAUUCCUUCUGUUCUCAUUUUGUUAAUUCUUGCCUUUCUGGACAAACGGCGCGAUGUUUGCAUGAACUGCUGUAAUGGUAGACCUGGUCUACCAAGACCGUUGAGCUUCCUAGAUGAGCGUAGAAACACGUGGGGCAUCCUGUUUGCAUUCGGUGCGGUAACCACACACAUCGUACUGGUAAUCCAGCGCUCAUUCGCCGUAAAUUUCCCCAUUUGGGCAAAAAUUUUCAUGGUUUACAUUCUGAGCUUGGAGACGAGUUUGAUUUGUUACCCACUGUUUGCCUGCAUGACCACCCGACACAUCCGUGUAGGGGCCAUAACGGGGCUUUUCUACUCGGUCGGAUGGCUUAUAUACCAGAUUUACAGAUUGAAGUUGAUUAUACGUUGCACUCAAAGACUUACCGAACUGAUUUCAAACAUUUAUCUUCCGCUGGAACACGUUAUUAUCCCUGAUCUUCCGGCAAUGAUUUGCAGCACAUUGUUGAUCGCGAAGUUUAGUUGGCGACUGAUCAAGUGUUACUGGAAAAAACGGUUCACGAGGACACUAUCAGAAGAGGCCAGUCGUAACAUUUGCAACGGCUGCGAUUUGCGGUAUGUAAAAGCGUUGCUGAACCAGAAGAAUGGCCGGCAUAGCGAUGAGAGGAAUUCAUCGGUUCGAAAGAAAAUAUAUCAUUUACAUAAAUACUGCCGAAAGAAAAUAUGUCAUUACUUCUUUAAGCCAGUGACUGGUUUUAAAUUUCCCAUCGCCAUCAAGAUAACAGCCCUCUUCUCUGUUCUUGUAGUUUUCAUCAAUACAAUAAAACUCGCAGUCGUCUUAUGUUCGUUGAAAGCAAACUCUCCCACUGUAGAACACACAAGGACAGUCGCUGUUGUAAUUGCGUCACUGCUGAAUUUCAUCAGCGGGAUACGAUGUGUCUAUGUGAUGCUUGUGAACUACAGACGCGACAUGUUAUGUCUGUACAGAGGAGACCGAAGUUUCAUCCCCGAGUCGCUAAGGAAUAUGUCUCCUCAAAUGCAUGUGGUUCAGGGUUUGCAAUAUAUCGGAUUCUCUCUAGUCGGUUCGUUUUUGGGCAGCCUAUUGGCAUUCUUCGUCCUCUUUGUGCCGCUAUUCAUGACUUUGUUGGUAUUAACUGUGCUGGAUAGAACGGGGGAACUACAUAGCCUUUGGCCAGAAUUUUUCUGGUUGAUAUUCCCGGUCAGUUUGUUGAUUAUCUUUAAAGUCCAGGUGGAAUUGGUUAAUAAGAUAUUUUUGCAAGAUCGAAUCAACAUCCAUGAUGACCAUAGGCCACUUGCUAUCAGAAACAGGGUGGCGUAUGACGUUUUCGCGUUCGUCAUGGUAUUUUUCAACGCAUGCAUCGGACUGAUACGGGUGUUAAAAAGAAUUUUCGUCAGCUUUUUCUACGGAGUGUUUCUAAUUGCCCGGAUGGAUCGCAGUUUGUUACUUUCUGGCUACGAAACAAAGGAUGAAUGUUACAAAAGCUAUAUCAGCAUGAUUCUGUUGCACGUCUCACACAACCAUCCUGUGAUACGUGUAUUUUGUCGCUUGGUACACGAUUCCGUGGCUUCCAAGGCGCCAUCGAAUGAAAUGGUAACGGAAAACCAAACUGUCGCCCUUAUCGAAGGAAGCUCGCAAUUCGGUCGAACUACAACUCUUGCUAAACGCCGCUGGGAUCUCGCAUACACAUUGAUAAAAAAUCCCGAUAUUCAUAAGUACCGUGUGCACGGGAAAAGCGAAGAUGCUGUAAACCCCAAAAAUGUUACCCUGUCCGGAUGCCAGUCUGAGGAAAGAGAGAUCAUUGUUUCGGAUACGCGUGGUAUUCUGGACUCCGUCAUCCGGAAAUUCGCGAAAUGCAGGGAAUUUAGUUUUCCGCCCAAUAUUGCCACCGACGUUUUGGUAAUCGUUGUGAUCGUGUUAUGUAUAAUGUGGUAUGCAGAAAAUACAGUGCUAUUGCAUACGCUUAGCCAAUUGUUGAGGCAAUUUAGCCAUGGUUGAGCCAGCUAUUUUCUUCUUAAUUGUAAAUGUAUCCCUUUAAAAACAAACGUAUUGUCGCAUACAAACUUACAUGCAAGUGGUUUUUGCAAACGCAACGCACCGAGACCAUACGAGUGGGUGUUGUUUUUCUUUAUUAUAACAUCAUGAUGGUGCAUUUUGGUUGAAAUAAAUUCGACGUCGUACAAACACAUGCAUAAUACUACACUUGUUGGUAUUUCGUGUGGAUACAGCCAGUCAAUUAGUUGAGCAAAUGACAUGAUGUCAAAUUACAAAUACGAAAGUUCUUCUGUUAAA